AUGAGCACUGACUUCGGACGCAAGGAUCUCUCUGACAAGGUCCAGGAGAAGAUGACUCCUCAGUCUGCCAAGGGUCCUCUCGACACCACCAAGGAGCAUGCCACCGGCACCGCCGACCACGUUGCCAGGUUUANNGACCUCAAGACCGAUGAACACAAGUCCGCCGGCCAGUCCAUCCACGACAAGGUCUCUCGCAUGACCAGCUCCGACACCACCAGCUCCAGCGCUACCGACUCCAACAUCACCGGCACCAACACCACCACUGGUGACCACAAGACUGUUGUCGACAAGGUCAAGGAUGCCAUUCCCGGCCUCCACUCUGACAAGCGCUCCGAUGCUGCUGAGGUCACGGACCCCAACACCUCCACCACCACUUCCGACUAUGUCAACAAGAACCUCUGA